GCUUGGAGGCAUGGAAGGGAUAAAGUUCCCUCCUUGCGCACGGCAGUGGUUGGCGCCUGGGGGCUCAACUUUUUUGUCUGCGAGUUUCCUGGGCUGGAGUGGGGCAGUAGCUGGGGUUCUUCCUGGGAGGGCAGAAGCGGGACGGGGCAAUUCGGGUGGCCGAGGCUGGACUUGUGGAGCCUGGUUUCCUCUCCGGGUUGCCCGGGCGCGUAGAGGAAGAAUUGAAGCAGGAACAGGAAGAAGACCAGAAAGGAUGUCGUCCUUAGCCCUAGGAAAUCAGAGCUCUGGAGACUUUGAAGAUAACCUCUAUACCAGCUGGUACAUUGACGAACCAGCAGGCGGAGAGAUGUCCCCACCAGAUGAGGCCAUUACCGACUGCCAACCCACAAUCCCGCUCAGCUUGUUCCACACCUGCAUGGCACCCUUGUCGCUGGCCACGAUGCUCACACUGACUCUGCUGGUGAAACGCCGGCGGCUAUCCAGAGAGUGCUGGACUGGGGUGCCUGGGCUGUUAAGCCCUGUGAAUUUCCUAGAAGAGGAAGGGCCCCGGGGCCCAGCUGCUGCAGUGUUCGGGAUCCUCUUCAGCUCGCUGUGUGUGCUGGUCCUGGCCGAGAACCCCAUGCCAAUGGUGACCCACACCUCUUCUGCUGGGCGAGAGUUUUGGAAGAUUAUGGCUUUGCUGUAUUAUCCCGCCUAUUACUACCCUUUAAUCGCCUGUGCCACAGUCAGACACAGAGUUGGUUACAUCCUCGGCUGCUUGCUGUCCUGGACCCACUGCGGGGUUCUUAUCUGGCAGAAGGUGGAGUGCCCGCAGUCCCCAGAGAUCUACAGGUAUUACUCUCUUCUGUCCCAUCUUCCUAUCAUCUUGUGCCUCCUGCUUCUGAGUCUUUGGUACCCAAAGCUUCUGCUGAAGAGCUUUUCUCAGAAGAGAACAUCGGCUGGUUUGGAGAUGCCUGGAAACCAUUAUUACCAAGAAUACCUCAAACAUGUCCUUGAUCCCAGAAAGCAGAAAGACAGCUCCAGCCUCACAAAGCAGACCCUUGCCUCCAGGCUCGCUGCCUUCCUAGGCUCUUACCUCUACACCCCCCAGCAAGGUUUCCGACUUCCUUUGCAGCUGAUCAUCUCAGCCACCUUGGUUGUCGUGGCUAUUUAUCAGGUAGCCCUGCUUCUCCUGGUGGUUUUCAUCCCUACCAUGCAGAAGGUGAGGGCAGGGAUCACGGAGGACAUUGCCUUCCUGUUGGCAGGGUUUGGUGUCGUCCUUUCAGAAGACAAGCAGGAGGUGAUGGAGUUAGUGAAGCAUUACCUGUGGGCUCUGGAAGUGUGCUAUAUCUCGGCUCUGGUUCUCGCCUGCUUGAUGACCUUGUUCAUGCUGAUGAGCUCUCUUGUGGCACACAGGGCUAAUCUGAAAGCUCUGUACCGAGGGGCCAAGCUGACCGUGUUCUGCCGUCCCCGGAGUUUGCGUCCGUCCCAGACUGCUCUCUUCUGCUGGAUGAGCUUCACCAGCUACCAGACGGCAUUCGCCUGCCUAGGGCUCCUCAUUCAGCAGCUGAUCUUUUUCCACUGCAUCGUGGCCUUUGCCUUCCUGGUAGCAGUCCCCAUCCUGUACGGCAGAAACCUGCUUCUGUUCCAAGUCUUGAAGACAAUGUGGCCAUUUUGGUUAACCCUGGUGCUGGCGAUACUCCUGCAGAAUCUGGCUGCUCGCUGCCUCUUCCUCAAAGACCACCAUGGACACCAAGAGCUGACCAACAGGAAAGCCUUUUACAUAGUGACCUUCCUGCUGUUCCCCAUUAACGUGCUGGUGGGAGUCCUGGCAGGUGUCUGGAGAAUUGUCAUCUCCGCCCUCUACAACGUCAUCCACCUGUGCUUGCUGCACCUCAGUUUGCUGAAUCGAGGAGUGGAGACCCUCGACCCAGGUUACCGCACUUACUGCUAUUUCUUGAAAAUUGAGGUCAACCAGUCACACCCAGCAAUGAAAGCCUUUUGUUCCUUGCUUCUCCAAUUAUCCAGCCCAGAGCCGUUGAUGGGUCCGAAGUCCUGUGAUGUGGAGGAAGGGAUCCAGUUGAUGCACACCAAGAACCCAACAGUCAGCAGGGCCAGAUCAAGGCAGGCCCGAGCCAGAUGGUGGCUAAUUUACACCCUCCUCCACAACCCAGCCCUCCUGGCCUUCCGCAAGACUGUCCUUCCUGACUCCCAGGCCAAUGGGAAGCAAUCCAGCCCCACACAGCCCUGAGGAAGGAGAAAGAGAGACCCUCUGGCUUAUAACUCUAGCCAAGGAUGCCCCCUGGGCCCUUUCCCCUACCCUGUGAGAAAGUUCAGAUUACUCCUUCCUUGCUGCUCUGUUUCCUUCUACAAGAGAUGCUGAAGGGCUUCUGACCCCUGGAGCAUCUGGCUGGCUGCCCUGGGCCACUGGCUCUUACUGAGCGGACAUGACUUGCCAUGUUCCCAGGGAAAAGCUUGGUCUACCAGGUCUGGAAGCCCCUGCUUCAUUUGGUCUUGCUUUGAUUUUGACCUAGGAGACCCAGGCUCAACAAACUGGCAUUUUCAUUCCGGGUGG